AUCAGACCAGUGAAGGUAAAUGGUAAAGUUUCAAAUUGCUUUAUCAGUGUAGACGGUAACAAUCACCCGAUCAUGAGUAUCUUCAUGGAAUACAGGACAGAGGAAAAGCCCUCUACAUCGGCACCCACUUCACGCAGACCUCUGACGACCACUGUACAAACAGGACCUACAACUUCCAUAUAUAUACUAACAGGACCAAGAAACACACCACUUCCACCGACUUUGGACACAACGGAGAUUACCCUACAACCUACAUCCGAGCUGCCAACUAAUUUAAAUUCGGUCCUGACAAACCCCGACAAAAUUCCAGUUUCGCCACAUUAUGUAUCAACCAUACACAACCCUGGGACUGACAAAAACAAAAUCACCACUACACAUGGAGCAACAACUCUACCGACAGUCCAAUCGACCAGUGCAUCUCUGAUUGCGGAAUCAACCAACUACAUCUGGAUCAUAGGCGUGGUGGCGGGAAGCAUUCUAACUGUGAUUCUCAUUGCUGUGCUGUUUGUGAUUCUUUGUAAGAAAUGCCGCAGAACCUCGGCACAGGUUCGUAUAACUAACACCCGAGAUCAUGGAAGCGAGCCUCCCACCCAGGGAUUCAGCAAUCCUGACUAUAGCUACACCGACUUGUGUGGAAAUGCGUCUGACCCAACACGAUCCGUGUAUUCAUGUGCUAACCCUGAUCGAGACUACCCACCAAACCAACCAGGUGUAACGGAGACAAAAUAUACAAACACGAAUCCACAGGACAGUACCAACCUUGUGCCGCAAACAUCCAACACGUCCAUGGCUGUGGGAGAAUACUCAUUUGCUGGCGCAGUGGCGGACCGUCUGAACCUCUCCCAACAGGAAGACCGGGCACAUCCCCUUUACUCUUGUGCAGAGGAAACCUCCGUUCAAGACCUAGAGCAACGAACUGACUCCACCUAUGAUGAACUACGCUAUGCAAGUAAAGAAUGGGGCACAGUUGGAGACGCAAGGCAACAGGUGUAUUCUGAUGUGGAGGGAAUUGACCAUCUCGACCAACCACAACAGGCAGAGUCUUCAUACGACAAACUAUGCCAUCCCAAGAGUGGGAAGGAAUGGGGCGCAUGUGGGGAGCCGCAAUCACAGAUGGAUCAUGGCAGAGACCCAACUUUCCACGAAGACCAGCGGCCGGUAUCGGAUCCUACGUACGACACUCUACAAGAGGACACAGGAGGCAAGGAACACGGCGCUACUGGAGACAUACAGCAACUAGACUACGACAAUGUGAACAUGGAAUGAAGUGGGCUUUGAAAUGUCUGAUACAUACAGAAUCCAGGACGCAAGCGUGAAUGAUCAAGUAUACACAGCAACAACAAGAGAUCGAGCCGUUAUAGUACAUGUAUACGAAUGUUGACUCUGAGUGAACACCAUGCAAACUUGCACGUAUGUUGGCAUUUGAGCAUCGCCGUACAGGGCUUCAACGCUUUGUCUUACGGUGUGUACAUAUCUGUGUGUGUGUGCCUUUGUGUGCAUGUGUGUACGUGUGUGUACGUGUGUGUACGUGUGUGCACGUGUGUGUACGUGUGAGUGCUAGUGUCUAUAUAUGUAUGUUGAUGUCACAAAGCUUUUCUCGUCACUUUAUGCAGUCCUUAGAGUAGAUCGAUUCAAGGUUACUACUGCAUAAUACACAAUGAGUCCAUAAUUUUGAUGAUUAUCCUAACAGAUCACCAAUUUCCAUUUCAUUGCCACUUUCUCCUUGAGCUUUGCAUCACAUGAAGUAGGACCUUUGCUUAUCCCGCCGUGACGAUACACGCAUCCUUGUAGCAUGAAUUAUAAACGAAUAGAACUGCACGUGUAGUUCUGCAGCCAUGUAGCAGUUAUGCAUCUCCUGCAUGUGUUUUACGCGUAUAUUAAAUGACCUGGGUCCUCCAUUUCAGCAAAAUACAUGCACUGUAGUUACUGCCAUACCAAAGAUGAUGCAGUCUAUUGCACUGCACGCAUUUAACAUUCACAUUUUCCAUAUUUCGCCUUCUGCCUUUUCUAAUCAGUAUUAUCAUGCAUACCUAAUGCAAUGCCUUUGCUUUUAUUACCUGAUUUCCUUCCUUUUUAAUUUUUAUCUUCGCUUGAUGAACUGAUCCUAGAGGGUGGUGGCGUUCUUGUGGUUGCGUCUCACGCGAACCGUGAUUUUUCCUGAACCGACAUCACCAUUCCGUAUUUCAAAAUAUUGACUCUGCA